GGGAACAUCUGCCCCCCCCCCCCGCAGCUUCGUAUGGUUGCCAAACAACAUCUAGACAGCCAUAGGAUUUUUUGGAGCCUAGUGGCCGUGCAUCGUUGGAUUGCACCUUGCGUUUUCAGGGCCUGCUUUCAGACGGAACGUUGUUUCCCAACUCAAGCUGUCAGAAGGCUUAAAGAGCAUCUUUAUCCUGUGGACAUUAAAAAUGUAACGCCUGAAGCUGUAGAAGCAGCAGCCCGGAUGUACCAUGCAAAACUUUUAGAGGAACCGUUAUCUGAUGCCGAGUUUUUCUCAGUCCCAGGAAGAGAGAAUGUUAAACUUAGUGCUUCAUCAAUGGACUUCCUUCCUCUGUACAGAGAAGAAAGUAUAUGCAGGCUUCUGGUCUUACUUGAUCCACAAGAGAAGCACACAGUUUUAGCAAUUUAUUUGCACAGCUCCUGGUGGCUUGUUGAAGAUGCAGUGAAAACAGCCGACCCUUCCCGAGAUGGUCUAAUAGAGGUCCAGACCUUUGCAGAAAGAAUCGUUCUCUUUUUGCUGAACGGCAUCAUUUUUGGAAUGCUAGAGAAGAAUCUGAGUCACGAUGAGCCGUUUUUGCCUCAUUCCAAGAGGGAGUGUGCCAAAAUCCUCUGGAGGAGUGGAGACGCGGCUGCCUUUUACACUGUCAAAGCGAAAGGAAGCUUGUGUGACGGGCACAGCAGCCAGUGCUACUUGCUCCCAGUUUUGGACACAGUGUUUGUCCGGAAAAAGUUCAGAAGACGUGGACUUGGAACGAAAAUGCUUCAUGAUUUUUGUCAGACGUUUGCCGCAGAGGAGGCCUUGGGGCUCAGCCACCCCAUUUCUGCAGGCAUGUAUCAAGUUUGUCGAAAGUUCUUGGAGACACAUCCUGAAGAGCAGUCACGGCUGUGGGAAGUAGAGGCACCCGGGGACUGGAGCCAGCGGGUUAAUAUCUGGCUAAAGAUUCAACUGGAACAAAAUCUUGCAAAAAAGGUGAAUCUGACCUGUGAGGUGGGAAGUACUCAAGAUGAUGAAGGAGAGCUGAAAAAGAAGGUUGGCCGCAUUCCUGAUACUGGGACAUCCCCAGAUGCAGCAGAGAUAUUCUGUGAUGAUCCUGAAUUGGUGUCUGGCCAACAGCCUCACGGUGGAGAAGAUGUUGUUCAACAUGAGGCUGAAGCACAGCAACACAAAGAAUUAAAGAAAAAGGCAAACAGGGAGGAGCCAGUGGAAGGCAGCGUUCCUAAGCGUGUUAGAACCAUGUCCUAACUUCAGGAACUAACAAAAGCCAUCAAGACCAAGAUGCGACCCGAGGUGGCGCAAUAGCUUGAGCUGCUGAACAGUUCCUGAUUCAAGCCUUCCUGCAGCAAUAGAUGGACGGAGAUGGGGGCUUCCUCCUGUAGCUUGCCUUGCAGGCCUUUUGCAAGGACUCCUUCGCCAAUGCCCGUGAAGUCUUUGAUACACUUCAUAUGAUGGACGUUAUUAGCUGCUCGCUAGACAGAAUUUCUUGCUUUUUCUUCUGAGAAUGAUGGGCAUGAUGAGUCAUAAAAUAAACUGUUCUGCUAUUGAAAAUGUUUUACAUGAUGUUCUCUGCCUCUGUCCCUGUGAAAUUCUAGAGGACAGCUUAUUUGUCUUUCUGGAUAUAAUAAAUCAUAGAUGGAAGGGG